AUGUGGUGUGGUUGUGGACAGCGUGGUGAAGAGAUGGUCCUUCAGACUGGUCCCGGACCUGUUUUGGGGCUUCCAGCCGACCACAGCUCGAUGGGCCUAAUAACAAAAACAAGCAUCCUGGUGUGGAGCUGCUCCCACAGUGUGAGCGCUUUAAUGAGGAACAUGUGGAGCUGCCCUGAGACUCAGUCAAAGGGAAACCCAAUCCUCAGGCCUGCUCCUUCCCCUCCCCCAAUCCUCACACUGGCUCGGCAAAACUCUGAGAUGCCAUCUGUUGAUUGUCAAGACCGAAGCCACAGCGUCGAUGAGAAGCAGUCGCGGUACUCCAUUCUAGGUGAAUGGAUUGGCAUGGGGAGAAGCGGACUUCAGAUCACGGCUAAGCAGCAGCUGUGGGACUGUGUAACCUUCAUCAUGGUUUUACUUUCGCUGCUGUUUCGAUCAGCUCAUUGCCAGCAGUGUCGUAUCCAGCGAUGCAAUACUGAGUAUGUGGCCUCCACCUCAGCGUCCAGUGGGCUGCAGGAGGAAGUGGCCCACGACGUGGACUACUGUAUCGCACUGCGCGCCUAUGCGCUGUGCACGCGCAGACAGGCCCGCAGCUGCAGGGGUGACUUGGUCUACCACUCGGCCGUUUUUCGCAUUAAGGAGCUCUUCUCCCAAUUCAACUGCUCCAGCGAUGGGCCCACCUCCUCUGCCAAAGCACCCAGUACCUCCAAACCUGCAGUGUCUGAGCAGUGUAACUACGAGAAGCGCGUGCUGCAAUCCGGAGCGGCCGCGCAGCAGAAAAAGUAUGCCCACUGUGGAUUAUUCGGAGACCCACACCUGCGGACGUUCAGAGACGAGUUCCAGACCUGCAAAGUGGAGGGGGCAUGGCCUCUGAUUGACAACAGAUAUCUGUCUGUGCAGGUGACCAAUGUCCCUGUGGUGCUGGGUUCAAGCGCCACUGCAACUAGCAAGAUCACCGUGAUUUUUAAAUCUUACUUGGGCUGUACAGAUCAGAAGGUUUACCAGGCCACCACCGAAGACCUGCCACUGGCUUUCAUGGAUGGCUCUCGCAGCGGCGGAGACAGCCUCACUAUAGUGGAGAAGGGAGGAUCUGGUGUGGGGCGCCAGGUGAAAAUCCAAGCCAGAUACAUGGGCACUUCCCUCAUCAUCCGGCGCGUGGGCAGCUAUCUGACCUUCGCCAUCCGCAUGCCUGAGGACCUUUUGGACUUUUCUGAGGACAACAGCGGGCUGCAGCUGUGCCUGCACGGCUGUCCGCGUAACGAGCUCAUCAAAGAGCACAUGCUGAGCCGGGGGCGUGUCCCGGGCAGCGCACAGGGCACCAACACAGAGCUGGGCCCUCUCAGGCCCCCCCACCAGGUGUACACAGUGGAGCGCGCCACAGCCAAGUGUCGAGAGACUCUGCAGGUGGAAGACGUCUACUUCCAGUCAUGUGUGUUCGACCUGCUGACCACAGGAGACCCAGAGUUCUCCAUGGCAGCGUUUGGCGCCCUGGAGGACCUAAAGGCACUUCCACCCAGCAAACUAAAGCAGAACUCUCCCAGGACUCCCCGUCUACACAGCCACGCUGUGUCAGUCUCACAAGCCCACCACCAGGCUCUACUGUCUCUGCUCCUCUUCAUUCUGCUGCUUUUGUAA